UUUUCCUCAAUCAAACUCACUCAUUCCAACUCCAUCGUCAUUCGAUUCAAAGAUCAGUUCCAAUGGCUGAUAACGCCGAUAACCGGAGAGCAAUAUGGGGAGUUCCGGAGAAGCUUCAGCUUCACAUAGCAAUGCUCACGUUACAAUUCGGUUACGCAGGAUUCCACGUGGUCUCGAGAGCUGCUCUUAACAUGGGAAUCAGCAAACUUGUCUUCCCUGUUUACCGUAACAUCAUUGCCUUGCUUCUUCUCCUUCCCUUCGCUUACUUCCUCGAAAAGAAAGAAAGACCAGCGAUUACUCUCAACUUUCUCAUCCAGUUCUUCUUUUUGGCACUCAUUGGAAUAACAGCGAACCAAGGGUUUUACUUGUUGGGUCUGGACUACACUUCACCAACGUUUGCUUCUUCCAUGCAAAACUCUGUUCCCGCUAUCACCUUUCUCAUGGCUGCUCUUCUCAGGAUUGAGAAAGUUAGAAUAAACAGAAGAGACGGUAUCUCCAAAGUCUUAGGAACAGCACUUUGCGUCGCCGGAGCUUCUGUCAUCACUCUCUACAAGGGUCCCACCAUCUACACUCCGAUUAGCAACCUCCAUACUCACCUCCUCACAACCAACUCCGCCGCCUCAUCCGUGUUAGCGCCACUCGGAGACGCUGCGCCUAAAAAUUGGACUCUUGGUUGCAUCUACCUAAUUGGUCACUGUCUCUCCUGGUCCGGUUGGCUCGUUUUUCAAGCUCCGGUUCUUAAAUCUUACCCGGCUAAGCUCUCGGUUACGUCUUACACCCUUUUGUUCGGAAUCAUCCAGUUCGUGAUCAUUGCUGCUUUCUGUGAAAGAGAUUCUCAGGCUUGGGUUUUUCACUCCGGUUGGGAGCUUUUCACCAUCCUCUACGCAGGAAUAGUGGCGUCUGGAAUCGCGUUUGCUGUUCAGAUUUGGUGUAUUGACAGAGGGGGUCCAGUGUUCGUUGCUGUUUACCAACCUGUUCAAACUUUGGUCGUUGCCAUAAUGGCUUCGAUUGCUUUAGGCGAAGAGUUUUACUUGGGCGGAAUUAUUGGAGCUGUGCUGAUUAUAGCGGGACUUUACUUUGUGUUGUACGGUAAGAGCGAAGAGAGGAAGUUCGCAGCUCUUGAGAAGGCGACGUUCCAGUCCUCCGCGGAGCAUGGUAUCGAGCGUGCACCCGUUUCUCGCGGCUCCAUCACAGCUCCACUGCUCCACCAGUCAACAAACAACGUUUGACUAAUCGAGUCUUACUCAAUAAUUACAAAUGCCAUUGCCCGUUGCCCAAUUAAAAGGGAACAAUGGUGUGCCACAUUGUGUUUUAUGACUUUUGUGUCUGCUUUUUCUCGUUAUUUUUUUCUUAAUAUUUGAUUACCUACGAAAGUUUUUUGAGGGGGAAAAUGGUGGAUGAGACAUCAUUGUUCGUGAGGAUGGUGGUGAUGAUGAUGUUGAUGAUAGUGAUGAUGAAGACUAUAUGGGAACUUUGAAUUGGGACUUUUUCAAUAUUAUUAUAUUUGGCUGAUAUGUUUAUGCCUUUAUUACAUUUCUUGUGUGUUUUUGGCUUUUCUAUCAUGAAUAGAAUGUUACAAUUUGCAUU